AGUGCCUGAUCGCGCAAACCCAAAAGAUCCAUAAGAGGACAAAAAAAAAAAAAAAAAAAGGGGGGACCAAAACUGGCAAGGCACUAAGGAUAACUUCAAAAACCGGCACUGGACAAGUGAGCAAGGGUCAAAUUCUAUGAGGAGAAUUCAGGCGUAGAACAAAAAAAAAAAAACAUUCACCUUCAGCAGAGCAGCAGCUGGUCCCGAGGCUUGAAAGCAGGAGAGGAGAGGAGAGGGGAAGAGAGGCUGGACAGCAAAAAGGAGCAGAGAAAAGUGACUGGAAUGAUAAGAUGAGAAGCAGGCAUGUGCUGCUGAAGCGCCCCCCUAAUGAGGCCCUCCUGGAGCUCCUGCUUGUGUUGUUGCUGGGGUCGCACGUCCUGGCCGUGUGCCCCACCACGUGCUCCUGCAGCCGCAGCCACAGGGAGGUCGACUGCUCCUGGAGGGGCCUGAGACAGCUGCCCGAUGGGCUGCAGCACAACGUGCGCUCCCUCAACCUCUCCCACAACCGAAUUCACAACCUGGAUGGCCAGCUCACCUCGCACACCCAUCUCCGCAUCCUCGAUUUGUCUCACAACCGACUGAGCAGUCUGCCCAAAGACUUGCCUCGUUCCCUCUGGCACCUCUACGCCGCCUCCAAUCGCCUCCAGCUGCUGGACAAGAAUGAUACAGUCUACCAGUGGAAUCUGCGAACGCUCGACUUGUCCAACAACAAGCUGGAGCGAGCCAUCUUUAUCAACAACACACUGACCAAUCUGUGUAUGCUCAACCUAAGCCGCAAUAAUUUCUGGACCCUGCCUACAAACCUGCCUGCACAUCUGGAGACUAUUGACCUUUCCCACAACUUGCUUUUGAAGGUGCUUCCAGGCUCCCUGGACCGGCUCUUCAGACUAACUUACUUCUACCUGCAUGCGAAUCGCUUUUCCACACUGCCCUUUGGAGUGUUCGAUGCGAUGACAUCCCUUAGAGUCAUCACUCUGGGCGACAACCCUUGGGCCUGCCACCUUUACGCCGACAUCAGCUACUUACUCUCCUGGACUCAGAACACCCCUGCCCACGUCCUGGGCUGCCCCUGCCACACCCAGCCUGUCUGCGGAGGGGCUCGCCCAGGCAGGACAGGAGGGUGGCACUUUGCCUCCUACAACCAGCCUCCGCUUGCAGCAAACGCCCAGGACCUGACCUCCAUGCCACCUGACCGAAGUGUCACCGGGUGGUGGUACUUGUCCGUUUCUUCUCUCCUCAGCACCACACAUGCUCCCAAACUGACUUGGAACACGCCGCACCAGCCCUUCACGGCCACACCCAUCACCAUCUCCACCCUGUCACCCAGAAGCACGGGCACACACCUGACUAUUAAUCACCUCGCAGCAGAGCGCAUGCCCCACAUUGAUUCUAAUCUCAUCUCCGGCACACAGGAAGCCUCAACCACUGACACCCUCCACACCGCAGACACAUCCCCUUUUUCUGAAAUGCCGACGCCGGCCACACACCGUGUUAUCACAACAGAGAGCCCAUCUGCACAGACAAAGAAGACGACCACUCUUCGCACCAGGAGCGUGAGGAGGCAGAAUCAGUCCCCUCCUGGCGGCAUCAGCAGCAGCAGCCCGGCUCUGACAACCUGCUCCUACCUCCCUCUCCUACACAACCUGGGGCUUCUGUCGCUCAUUCUGCAGCAACUCAUCUGAAAGACAGAUGAAACAGCACAAACAAGUACAGCACAUACAAAGCCUGCUGGUGGCUAAAAGCCCAUUUACAGCACAAGUUCUCCUAAUCCUGAUCCUGAGUGUGGUUUGAUGCUGCUUUUAUGAUGAUGAAAAAAAACAAAAAGAUGUUUUCUGAUAAAAAAUGUUAAAGCAUCCACUCAAAUGUCACUGAUUUAAAAAUAAGAGUGUAAUGAUUAUAGCUAAGCACAUGGUGGCACUAUACAUUCAGGUACCGGUUUAUUAUGUGACUGGAUGUGGCCCGGUGCUCAACUGCAACAACCCUUUUCGAGGUUGUCCAGCGCACAGUACAACCCACAAAAUGUUGUGAAUCCUUUUAUUUCUAUUCCUGGCAGGAUCUGACUUUGAAUUCGGUGGUUGCCUUUUUCUUAUCGUAGUGAUAUCCUUUAAAUUAUUGUUAUUAUUUUUUAAUAUAAAUUGCACCGGCGUUCAAGAUGAUGUGAUGAUCAGUUCAUUUGCAGCAACAGAUAAAUAACACUCUCAAAAAUGAAUCCACCAACAGCUAGUUUGAUUGAUUUUCCUUUGAGUGUGCAAUAUUAAAAAAAAGAAGAAAAAGAAGAAGAAGAAGAAAACAUGAUUUAUGAAAAUUAAAACAUUUUGAGAUAUCUUAUCAAAACAAAGCAACACAAGUGUGAUUAAUUUUAGCUUGGAGUGCACCCAAGAAAGCAUGAUUGAGGAAAUUAAAUAAAAUGGAGAUAUCUGUUCUUCUGAAUGAACCCUUCAGUGUGACACUUAAAGGAGCGUUACGUAGUUUUUUUGGGAAAGACGUUUUAAUCAGAGAAACACACUAAAUGAACAAGCUGUCUUUGUUUUUCGUGAAUACACUGAAUGAACACGCUGAUCAUAAAGGACGACACAGUUUCCUACUGUUUUACUUUUGUUUAUAUGUGGCGGACCCUGCCACCUUUCUAGCUUCAAACAGUGUUAUGUUCAUUUUCUCUCUGAGAACAGC